CCCAAAUAAGACAAAUAAUGAAACACAGGGGCAAAACACUGUUCAUCCAAGUCCAAAAUUAUUAAUCAAUGUUUAUUUCUCUCCAUGAGUGCAUGCAAGGGUUUACAGAGGUUUUGAAGAGGAAGAAGAAGAAGAGAUAAUGGAGGAAGCAUCAGAGCAUAACAAAAAGCAGAGCGUGCCUGUGCUCCUAUGGAUGAGAAGUCCUAUUGAUGUUAAGGAAGUCUUUGCUGCUAUUGCACCUGCAGUGAGCUUAUCUGUUGGUUUGGCAGUUGGUCAAUCUUCAAUUGCUGAUGAAAUUUCUGAACUUAUUAAGAGACCUAAGCUUGAGGCAGGUAUCUGUUAUGACCCCGAAGAUCUUUCGCUGGAUUUAGAAAGUUCAGUGGACAUUUUGGUGGCUACUCCUGGCAGGCUGAUGGAUCAUAUAAAUUCUACGAAAGGUUUUACACUUGAGCAUCUUUGUUAUCUGGUUGUUGAUGAAACAGAUCGAUUACUCAGGGAGGCAUACCAAUCCUGGCUGCCUAUUGUUCUUCAAUUAAUCCAAUCUAGUGUUGGAAGUCUCUUCCCUCAUGCCAACACUUUCUUUCCUUCCCCAUUUGGUUCCUUGAAAACCAGAAGGAGAUCAGGUGUUGAAAGGGGAUUUAAGGGCAACUCUUAUCCUAGGCUUGUGAAGAUGGUUCUAUCUGCCACGCUAACCCAAGAUCCAUGCAAGCUUGCCCAGCUUAAUCUGCAUCACCCUUUGUCGUUGACAACUGGGCAAAGACGUUAUCAGCUCCCUGAACAACUAGAAUCUUUCAAAUUGGUUAAGCGAUUCAAGAAGCUGUUACAGAAAGCUGACAACAACUAUUGUCCUGUUCAUUCUGUUCCUUCCGAUUCCAUAGAAUCAUUUCGCUCAACAUACACAUCUGCAUUAGCUGUUUUGCCAACACUUGCUUGUUCUUGCCAAUGUGUCAACUCUGGAGAAAUUGAAAGAGAGUGUCAAAUCAGAAACAUACAGGAAGCACAAGUUUAAAUUCAAGUCUUCUGGCAUGGUUAGAGGAAAGGAAAACAAUUUGAAGGCGUGAAUUUUGUUUUUAUAGCAGGAGGUCUAUUCCAUCACAAGUUAAAUUUUGUAGUGUACAUAAGGUGAGUCCCAAUUUUUUGGUGUAACUUCUACAGUUUUGAUUAAUGUUGUUAAUGACUUUAUGUAACUUGCUGCGUAGAAAUUAUUAGCCUUUCAACUAAGUCUAUAGAGAAUGUUAUAUGGAAGAAGAUAAAACCCUUUUGAUAUUUGUUUGUAUAGUACUUCUUGAGAAGGAUUUGCAUUGCACGAAAGUCUACUUCAGUGUGCCCAAUCCCCCUGAGAAGUGUCUUCUUGAUCUUCACACACACACACACACACACACACAUGGAUAGAUCCAUGAUUCUUGUUCAGGGGACAAGCCAUGGUCAACAAGAAGUUAUGCCAAACAUGUUGGAAAAAAAUAAAUUUUAAAUGAACUACAUAAAUUUCAGUUGUUAAUUUUGGAUUUUGUUUACUGUGCCCUUUGGGCGCAUGUUAAGAAGUUUAAAAAGAUUGUACAUUCACAGUUUCAUGCAUAAUGCAUGGUUAUCAAAAUCAAAAUCCGGAUCAUACGAUCCUACAAUCCUAAAUUGUCAAGACGAUCCAAAUUGUUGUAGGAUCGAUAUUAUAGUAGGAUUGUAAGUAGGAUCAUAUGGGAUCGUAGGUAGGAUCGCUGGAUAUAUGAUUUUUCACUUUAUUUUUAAUAUAUAUCAUUAUGAUUUGUAUUUUUACCUUAUUUUUAAUAAAAAGUAGAAUUUUAUGAUCCUUGAUCCGAUCCUACGAUCCAAUCCAUGAGACCUUCGUCACUUGCACUUUUAUCCACAGGUAUGAUUGUCACCCACAUGUGUGAUCUGCAAGUUGGCUCAUCUGUGGGUUUUCAAAAACUUGCGGGUGAGCCGCAAACCUGCGGCCAACCUGUUUCUUGAGUGUUUUCCAUCCAUUCGUUUGAUUCGACUUCUUAUUCGCUCAUUUUGAAAUAAAUGGGUAUUUUGGUUUGCAAAA